CACUGAAAGCGGUAAUCAAGCUGGCUGUCAGUAUGUGGGGGACACUAGCCUCACUCUUUGUCAUCUCGGUGGCGACGUUGAGCCCAACCAAUGGAGCGACAACACUGCAGAGCCUUCCUGCACGUGACAACGUAACUCCAGUGAAUGCGACAUCUUCGACAAAAGCGCCCGAGUCCCGGAUACUGGGUGGUAGCAACGCACCCGAGGGCGCUUUCCCCUACCAGGCUGGACUGUGGAUGAGCGGCAACAGUCGGCCGUUCUGCGGCGCCACCAUCGCUGACGCUAACAAUCUCGUCACGGCAGCCCACUGUGUCCUCUACACCAACGGAGACGUGAUACCCGCCAAAUUGCUGAGCGUGUCAGUGGGCAGCGUGAACAUCAAGUCGGCCACCAAAGUGCCUGUGUCCGCAAUCUUUGUCCACUCCAAAUACAACAGCGAUACAAGCCAGAACGAUAUCGCUGUUCUCAGGACUAAGCAGAAGCUAUCCUUGGGGGCUAACGUGCAGCCUAUCGGAUUCUCAAUAAAAACUCCUGCGAUCAACACGCCGUGCAACGUAAGCGGCUGGGGUGUCACUACUGUGAAUGGGGUCUCUCCACAGCAGCUGAAGUACGUGACGGUGAACGUGACGAACAGAGGGAUUUGUCGCACGUUCAUCGUACGGGAAGGAAUGCUGUGUGCUGGAGGGGAGAGGAACAAAGACUCCUGCCAGGGAGACAGUGGUGGGCCACUCGUGUGUAAUGGUACACUUGCCGGAGUCGUCAGCUUUGGAGUCAGCUGCGGUUUGCCACGCUUCCCUGGCGUGUACACCGACGUGUCCAAAUACGUCGACUUCCUCAACUAUUCGCUGACCAGAGCCGGCGCCGCGUCAGUGACGUCACCAGGCUACCAGACGCUGACCGUCAUUGGCUCCAUCGUAGCCACGUGGGCAGCGUGGGGAGCGGCCAGCCGGGUCUAACUCUGCUGCCAGUUUUACUGUGAAUUGCUACCCGACAGGAUGGUCUCCGAAGCAAGAAAACUGUGGCUCUUAUAAGUGGAUGUCUUGUGUAGGUUUAAUGCUCACGUCAGUAAAAGGGAAUGCGAUUUUCUGCUGUUAAUGUACUGUAUUACAUCUAAUGUUAUAUAGUAUGCUGGUACGAGUGAAACUGCCUUAACCCAUAGACGACACAUAUUGCGCAUGACAUCCUUAUAUUGAAACCAGCAUCUCGAUCAGCUGACUGGAGUACUGUUCAGUUUCUCUUGAGUUUAGUGUUUUCAGUAAGGGUUUCUUUAUUACAAUUGUGCGCCGAAAGAUAUGUGCAAGCGGCUAAUACAGGCUGUACAUAAAUGUUUACCUUGCUAUCGAAACAUUGUAACUCUUUAUUGAAUAUAGUAAAUGAAA